AUGAAAACUCUGUUCCGCGAAAUGCAGACCAAGCAAUCCGAUGCCUUGACCAAGGCUUUCGUUGAUGGCUUGCUCAAGCUGUUUGCGGACACGACGAAGCAGGAUUUGAUCAUGAACAAUUAUGUGGUUCGUGCAAAGUCGGUGAAGUCGGGUACCGGCUCUGUCGUGAGCAAGGCCGACAAGGAGGAGAAGAAGGGUGGCAAGAAGGAGAAGAAGGUUGGCUACAGGCUGCAGCAGCUCCAAGUGACAGCCGAGGCCCACAGUGGCUCGAGCGAGAAUGACGAGCAGGAUGAUGAUGAUGACCUGGGGGAUGAGCUGUUUGUAGGCUUCGAAGCAGGUGAUGAUCAACAGGGGGAGGCCAAGGAGACAGGAGGCCAGGCAUUUCUGGGUGGACAUUCGAUUCACGAGGAUUAUAAUGAGGAAAUGGCUAGCCUGUCUGUGCCAGUCCUGGCGCAUGGAGAUGAGGGCAGAGGCAAGUGCAAAAGGCAUUCUCUAACGACGAGAAUGCUCUUUACUGUUAUCCCUUCCGAAAUGUACUGGGGGGACCUGACUCUGCAGCAGCUGCUCGGCGCAAUG